AUGAUGAAAAUUAAGAUAAAAGAAACUCUCUUAACAUUAUACAGAUCCCUUAUUGUUAUACUUACAUACACUUUACUCUUUCAGUCCAUGUACAUGUGUUCCAAAUUUAUAUCAACCUUUGCAAUAAAAAUAAGAACAAUUUCUCUUUUUUCAUUUUGGUCUGCAACCUGUAUGACCUUAUGGUGUUACACAACUUGUCUUUUCAAAAAUCCUGGUUUUUUAAACGAGGCAGGAGAAAAUACAACUGAAUAUGAAAUUAGAGUAAAUAUGUGUGAAAAGUGUAAUCUUCCAAAAAUAAAAAGAUCUCACCAUUGUUCAGUGUGCAAAAAAUGCGUAAUAAAAAUGGACCAUCACUGCAUAUGGAUUAAUAACUGUGUUGGGUUAUACAACCAGAAAUUCUUUAUUCUUCUAAAUUUUUACGCAUUAUUAAUGUGUUGCAAUUGCUGCUUUGUAGUUAUUUUUAAAAUUAUAACAUGUAUAAAGUCCCAACAUAAUUUUAAAGCUGAGUGUGUGCUCACAAAAAUGGAUCUCAUUCAUAUCAUAGUAAACACCAUAAGCUCUCUAAUAUUUGGAAUGAUUGCGCUUGUUAUGCUAGUCGAUCAGUAUUGUGCAAUAAAAACAAACACAACAGGCAUAGAACUUUUAAAAAACAUAAAGGGGAAAACGCAGCCAUUUCACGAAUCACUCAUAGAAGUGUUUGAAACUCCAUUUUCUUAUUUAUGGCUUCUUCCAGUAAAUAGAAAAGUGCAGAAGAAUUUGUCAGUAAGUGCAAAUUUUACGCAGAAAAAAAAUAAAGUAAUUUAG